UGCCGUGUAAAAGUGUAAAUGAGCUUUCCUUAUCCCGCACUCAAUUGCGGGAAGGUGCUCCAAGUCAAGCCAGACGAUUCGAAGCCGGAAGGAAGGAAGUUCUGUGUGUGUAGUUUUUCUUUGCUUCUCUCUCUUCCUCAGCUUACCAGCGAUCAUCAGCCAUGGACUCAAGUUCAAGCUCAGGCGGGUGGAGAGUCCGUACAAGGAAUUCAAUGAGGAUGGAUCUCUCGUUCCUGAGGAGACGCCACAACUACUCGACCACUUCGUCCACUAGCCUUUCUCCAACUGUACCGGUGCUCCAAUCCCCCGCAAUGUUCCAAGCGUUGACGAACAAAACGGUCCCGGAAGAGACUUUGAAACAAAAGAACAAAUUGGAAAGAGCUGCAAUCAAGCCGUCCAUGUUCUUCGAGGAUAAAGAGGAAGAUGACACUGUUGCCCCUGAUCUGAAGCAUGGCGUUUUUCCGGAUGCUCAAUCGGUCCACGUCGCGCACAGGAGCGCUGAUGACGAGCAGUCACCUCAGACGAAAAGUCGCUACUUCGAAGACCUGUUCAACACUCGUGGCCCGCUUAUUUCCCCAAGGACUCGCAUCAGUAAUGAUUCCGUCGUUGUGGUCGAAAUCAAGACGAACUCGAGGAUUAGUUAUGACGAUUCCAAGCUUGCCUCUGACCUGACUAGCCGUUUGGCUCAAAUCUAUCAGAAGCCUGAUGCAUUCAUGAUGGUCACUAUUCAGCAAGAUGCGUGUCUCUAUUUUGGCAACUCCGCACUUCCUGCGUAUUUGAUGAAAGUCUUCGCCUUGCCAUAUCUCAUCGCGCCGAUUACCAACCUACGAAACACAAUACUUAUUCAAGCAGCGCUUCAGGACCUCCUUCAUGUCGCGCCGAGCAGGGGUGUUGUCUUGUACAUCCCAAUAUCUGAAGAGAACUUCGCAACAAACGGAGUGACUAUGAUGGGGGAAAUCGCCCGGCUAGAAGGCCACGCCGAAGACCAGGAUGCAGGGAUACUCAGGAGUAUCUCACGGUCGAUGAGGCGAAGGAUGAAAUCGAACAGCACCACUAGUGCGCCCUUGUCUGUGGCAACUACUUCCUCUUGGACUCCUGGAUUCGAUCCGCGUCGGCGAGAUUGUCACGAUGCCGGAAGAAGGAAUGUCUCCACUGAAGGGGAAUCUAACACAGUCAGAAAGUCUAAGAGCAUGCGAGACUUCGUUUACCCCGCCGCUCAGACCUCGGAUCUGUAGGCGAUGUUCAUCAAAAUCUGCCUUAUUCCAACUGUCCAUUCUUUCCUGCGGCUUUGAUCGGUAAUGGUGAUGGCUAUAUUGUUUACUUUUCUUGGGAAAUUGGGUAUUCCUAGCGAUGUUAAAUGAACGCAGUGCGAAGCGGUACGAGGAAGUCUGAAGACACUUGUAGCUAGUUCAUUAGGGCUCUAACUACAUACUUCAUGCGUUGUAGGCUGUUCCUUGCUAGGCGUGUAAUGGCACAGUUAGGCUCGUGUUCUGGUUAGCACCU